AGUUUGAGAACUUGCAUGUCUUAGUGAAGUAGGUUCUAUGAUAUCUAUAUAAUUGCGUGCUGGGGGAGAUAUAAGGAAGAAAAAUUGUUUGUUGUUUGAAUUGAUUAAAUUAUUUGUAUUGAUAUUGACAGAUGGUUAGGUUACAAAUAUAGGGGAAGUGAUGUCCGUUUUAAAUCAUAAAAAAUAGUAUGAAUGAUUUAUAUUAUGAAAUAUUAACGUUUCAAUUUCAUUUAUAUUCAAAGCUCAAGUAGUCAUAUAUUUUGACUACUUCAAGCUUUCAAACAUCUGCAAUGAAUCCACCAGAUGCAUGGAGCAACUGGAUCAAACAAGAUGAUUGGGAAGGAUUCAUUGCUAAGAGAUUAUCUCCUCAGUGGGCUGAGCUAAGAAAAAGAAACAAGGUGCGCGGGCACAGAACAAAUACAAUCACCGCACAGGACGGGGUGGUUACAAACAAAUAGAGCAAUAACUUGAAGCAUAAUUAGGCCACGAACAAACAGAUUUUGAUAGAGCUGAUAUGUGGUUAAGGAUAAGAAAGGACUAAAAGGAGAGUCAACUGAGGAUGUAGCAUCAAUUAUGGAGAAGAUUGUUGACUACAAACAAAAGGUAGCAGAAGGAACUUUGGUGGUGGAAGGAUCCAAAGAUGUCCUAACUUUGACUUUGGGCACCCCUGAGCAUUCUAGACGUGUUACGGAGAAAAAGUCAGCUUGAAGUAACUACUUCAGAAGAUAGCCGCAUUAAUAGGCUGGAAGAGCAACUUUGACAAUCUGAUGAGAGGAACUGUCGAACUGAGGAGAAGUUAAAUCAAUUGAUGGAGCAAUUUAGAUCGACACAUAGCAAUAUCGGUGAGUCAUCGCAUGCAUCUGGUUCUUGUGUGGGAAGAGCAGCCUCUAAUGUAUCACCACCACCACCACCACUAGCACCAUAUGUUGAAUAAGAGGUUGUUCCACCAGUACUAGCACCACCACCACCACCACCACUAGAACCCCAUGUUCAACAAGUGCUUAUUCCACCACCACCACCACAUGUUCAACCAAUGAUUACUCCACCAGAACCACAAGUUCCGCCAACUAUGCAUGAGUUUGUAUCACCAUGGGAUAAUGACUACCACAAGAAGAUUAAUAUCCCAUCGCAUGUUUUUGGAUACAACACGAUUGCUACGCUUUUCAAGAAUGAUGUGACGCAAUUUUGCAACAUGGACAAGAUUGGGCAAAGUCCAAUGAUAUUGUAUUUGAGGUUGCUGGAUGAUAUACUACAUAUCAAUGGGUUGGAUCAUUUGUACGCAUUUCAGCAUCCAAGUGAAGUUAGUGUAGGUCAUGAGAAUAAGCGUGCCCAAGCACUUAAAGAUCGAUUCAUUCAAAUGGGCAAGAAGCAGUUCCUUAUUUGUCCCUGGAAUAACAAUGAACAUUGGAUGUUAUUGCUAUUUCAACCUUACUCACAUUCAAUGGCGUUCUUGGAUCCCAUUAACCUUCAAUUAUGCAUUGAGAUUAAAAAUAUAGUUAGGCUUGCUUUCACGCUAUAUGAUAUGGAAAAAGGAAAAAGAGUUAUAAGUCUAAAGUAUUAUAGUCCAAAAUGCCGACAACAACCAAAAACCACAGAGUGCGGUAUCUACUGCAUGAAGUAUGCUAGGGAUCUCAUUUCACAACAAAGAACCAGAGCAUAUCUAUCGAAUAAUUUCAAUUCAGAUUUACCAUAUACUAACGCUAAACUUAAUGAAGUUCAAGAAGAGUGGACAAAAUAUAUUCUACCGCAACUCGCUAAAUGAUGGCAUGCAUGCUUAGUACCUAUGUGAGGGGAUUUAGUCAUUUUUUGAACAUUGUAUUUCUUUUAUUAGAAAUCGUUAGAACUAAUCAAAUACAAAAUCAAUCUAACAAAUUAUAGGUAGUUAAUUUAGCUUUUUGAGGUGCAUACUGUGCUAAAUAUUCAUUUUAUGACAAACUUUUUUGGAACUAUGUAUU